GGCCAAGUACGCGAGGUAACAGCAAAGCGAGUCCAGGGCCAGCAGCUGCCAAAGCAGCCCUUCACCUUAUGCGCGGCCACAGAGCAGGCGGGCGAGCGAGGACGCGCCGGGCACUGCGCGCUGGCCCCGCUGGGGCGCAGGGGUGACAUGUCCCGCGAGCGGCCUCCGCGCACCGACAUCCCUCGCAACCUGAGCUUUAUUGCAGCGCUGACUGAGCGUGCCUACUACCGCAGCCAGCGGCCCAGCCUCGAGGAGGAGUCGGAGGAGGAGCCGGGGGAGGGCGGGGCCCGGCCCGGCGCCCGCUCGCGGGCUCACGUUCCGGGUCGGGGGCGCAGGGCCCGCUCUGCGCCCGCAGGUGGCGGCGGGGCGCGGGCAGCCCGCAGCCGCAGCCCUGACACUCGCAAGAGAGUGCGUUUCGCUGACGCACUGGGACUAGAGCUCGUAGUGGUCCGCCGCUUCCGCCCGGGGGAACCGCCCCGGGUGCCCCGCCACGUGCAGGUGCAACUGCAGAGGGACGCCUUGCGCCACUUCGCGCCGUGCCCGCCGCGCGCCCGCGGCCUCCAGGAGGCGCGCGUGGCCCUGGAGCCCGCCCUGGAGCCCGGCUUCGCCGCCCGCCUGCAGGCGCAACGCAUCUGCCUGGAGCGCGCCGACGCGGGCCCUCUGGGCGUGGCCGGGAGCGCGCGCGUGCUGGACUUGGCCUACGAGAAGCGCGUGAGCGUGCGCUGGAGCGCGGACGGCUGGCGCAGCCUGCGGGAGUCGCCUGCCGCCUACGCCGGCCCAGCCCCGGCCCCACCGCGGGCUGACCGCUUCUCCUUCCGCCUGCCGGCGCCUCCGGUCGGCGGCGCUCUGCUCUUCGCCCUGCGCUACCGUGUGACCGGCCGCGAGUUCUGGGACAACAACGGCGGCCGUGACUACGCGCUGCUUGGACCCGAGCACCCUGGUGGUGCCGGAGCCGCGGAGCCCCAGGGCUGGAUCCAUUUUAUUUGAGACUAGGCUCCUGCCGGCCACAGCAGGGACAAAACAGUGGCACCCUAGCGUCCGGGGAGACUGUGGCGCCAGGAAUCCGGGAACCACAAUUGGUAGAUGGGUGGAGAGC